GUGGCAUCACAUGCCGACCUGUCCGCCGAGUAAACGACGUGCUUAUAAGAAGGAUUAGGAUACUAUAAAUAAUCAUUAUUCCUCUCAGCGAACCACAAAUUGCCACGUUAACUUUACACGGUACUCCGAAAAGCAGAGAAUAAUGACUCAAAACUCUAAAUAUUUGCAGCAAAUCUAUUAAUAGUUGGAGACAGAUCAGAUCUCCACUUUCUUACAUUCAUAUAUCACUAAUGAUGCCUCGCCGUGACGUUCUCCUCCUCUCCCUCCUCGUCAUCGCGACACUCUCCGCCGUCGCAUUGGCCGAAGAUGAAGCAGAUUGUGUCUACACAUUCUACCUCAGAACCGGAUCGAUCUUCAAAGCCGGUACAGAUUCGAUCGUAAGCGCUAGAAUCUACGACAAAUACGGAGAUUACAUUGGGAUCCGAAACCUAGAGGCGUGGGGUGGUUUAAUGGGACCAGGUUACAACUACUACGAGAGGGGCAAUCUCGACAUUUUCAGUGGGAAAGCACCGUGUCUUCCGAGUCCAGUCUGUUCAUUGAAUCUGACCUCCGACGGCUCCGGCGACCACCACGGUUGGUAUGUUAACUACGUGGAGGUCACGACAGCUGGAGUUCACGCCAAGUGCUCGCACCAAGAAUUCGAUGUUGAGCAAUGGCUUGCGACCGAUACGUCGCCGUAUAACCUCACCGCCGUACGGAACAACUGCCCGGUUUCUCUUAGACAGAGUGUUGUCGGUCGGGUCGGGUCUGAGAUCCGGAAGACUCUCUCUUGGAUCGUGUGAAUCAAUGAAUGAAGAAUUUGUGUGUUUCUUGGAGACUUGUUCUUUGUCGUCUUGUGAACGUGUGAUGGCAAAAAUGAUUCGAUCAAAUAAAAUUUCGGUUUUUUUGUUUGUUUGUGAGAUUUAAUCAAUUGUCAUAAAGUGUAUUUUGAAGGAUUAAGAGAUAAUCACUUGUUGAUGUAUUUUCUUUUUUGAUAUACAUAAACGGUCAAAUCAAAGUUAAAAUAUUUUGAUGAUUUCAAAUCUUUACCAAUCCAUUAUGAAUUAAAGAAUUAAUAUUUCAAAGUGUUUUUUUUUCCUCCACGUUCGUAACAUUCAAUAUUAUAGAC